AUCUAAGUCUGCAGCUCCUCUGGGUGACUAAUAACAUUGUCUUGGGAUAAAAGCAGAUUGAGCUGUUUACAGAGAGACACGUACUAUAUAAAAGGAGAGUUGCUGCCUUGUGGUAACUGCACAGUAAAGCAGGGCUGGAGUAAAGUACACAGCUCCUUUAAACUGGACCUGAAACUGAUAACCAGCUUCAUCCCGCAGUUUACCCUCGGCAUAUUUACUUCUGAACUCCAGAAAGUUGCCGAUACAGGAGGAGAAGAACAAGGAAACCUAUUUGACAAGAACGUCCCGAUUUUAAUUUUGAAAAUGGAGUUUAACGUGUUCUUUUCUUUGCUCUUUCUGUUGUGGGAGCUGCACUUUUCAACAGGCUCCCCACUCUCGGGUGUAGCAGUGACCGUGUCUCCCGUCUUCUCUGCCGGUCAAACUUCCAGCUCUGUUCCCCGCCGGCUCAGCCGCUCCAAGCGCUGUUCCUGUUCCUCUUUUCUGGACAAGGAAUGCAUCUACUUUUGCCACUUGGACAUCAUCUGGAUCAACACGCCCGAGCGGAUUGUCCCGUACGGACUGGGCAGCUCCCCUCGGGUCAGACGGUCUACGAAGAAAAACCUUGCGAUGCUGGCGGAAUCGAGGCCACGAUGUGAAUGCAGCAGUCAGGAAGACGGUGUCUGUUGGCAAUUCUGUGAAGAUGGACAACACACAGCAAGAUUUUCAAUCAAAACCAAAGUACAGAAGCACUACCAAGAGGAAGCAUCAGUUAGAAUAAGUCAAAACAAACAGGACUGCACAGGAUUGAAAUGUGUUUAUCAACGCCUCCUUAAUAUCACAAAAAAGUUGGAGCCAGCAGACAGUAAGCAUUUACCUACUUCAGUGAAAUGGAUAUACAGAAUGAGGAAAGUGAGACAAGACAGCCACAAUAAAUUGAGGAGCUUACCAGUUUCCAUGGCAGGCCCUGUGGCACAGUGCAGGCACUGCAAGCGCUGACAGGCUGCCAGUUAACAGAAGCAAAGAAAACAGCACGCGUUGGCUGCUUCCACAGAAGAGAUUGCCAUUCUGUUCUGACAAGAGACCAGGGAUUGACACUUCAGUGAGGAGUUUGCCAAAACUGAUGGAGUUCAAGCUGUAGGCUAGCCUUAUGAAAGACAGACUGACCAGCAGAAUGGAAAUUAAAUCAAGACAUCUUCAAAAGGAAACAAAUUUGACUUAAAGGAAGCAAUGAUAUGAAGUUCUGCAAUUCAUGUUCACAAAACUACAGCAUGGGUGUGUGUCUACUAAGAUGGGCUGAGAUGCAUUUAACACACUAAACUAAGGAGUUCUCGCUGAAUCAUGGCUUAAGAAGAUUGGACAAGAUGACCAGAGUGAACUUCAGUCAUACAGCCAUAAGUUUACUCUAAACGAUAGGAAGUGGAAUUUAAUGCAUCAGAUGAAGCAAUGAUAUAAAGACACAUUCAAAAUGUUUAUGUACAUAAAUAAAAGUGCAAAUGCUCAGUAAUAUAUUUCACAGACUUAUUAAAUGGAGUGCUGAAACUGCAGAAUAGCUUUUUAAAUUAAAUCUACCUCACUUUUUGUAAGUGUUGUUGGCUACAGAUAUACCCUAGAAAUAACAUUACCCUCUUCAUGAACACAUGGUUUGAAUACUACAUUGUCUGAAUUAUAUGUCAGUGUUGGUGGUGUUUUUGUAUAAUAACUUAGAUGUGGAAGUGCGGAUGUGUAUUUAAUGUCACCAACACAUUGCCAUUGGAAAAUAACAAGUGUCUGAGUAUAUGUAAUUGCCCACAAUGUCUGCAUGAAUAAGUGCCUGAAUGUAUAUAAUGACACCAUGCAUGAUUUUGUCUGGCUAUAGUUAAGUCUUGGUGAAUUCAUUGGUGGUUUCUUGUUUGUACAACCAGAUAUAAUCUUUUAUAUUUGGUCGAUGAAAUGAAAAGGAGAUGAUGUAAUGUUUCUCCUAAAAAGAUUUUGAGCAUUGUCUGUUUAUGUUGGCUGUCAUGACAGGAACAACUGCAUGAUUGAAAUGUUGAAGUUGGUAACAAACAAUACUAAUAAUUCCUGAAAAUGAGGCAUUAAUUUGCAUAAAUAUUUAAAAUAUCACUCAUUUUAUUUUGACAUUCCUAACUUUGACACUGUUUAAACUACUGUCAGUAACCAUAAUGCAUCAUACAGGCCAUAUUGGUCUUUUGUGAUUUUUAAUUGGUAUGUAUUUUUAUACAGAAAUGUUUGUUCUACUUCAUGUCUUUGAAAGUAGUUUACCUGGAAAUAAAACAUUAUAUUUAAUGAGAAAAA